AUGCGUUCCGUCGCCGUUGCAUAUGGUAUCCUCGCCGCUGCGCUUGCGCGCGCUGCUCCUCAAGCCACUCCGACCGUUUACCUGGCGGGUGACUCUACCAUGGCUCAGACAGGUGCCAACGACGGCAGUACUGCUGGGUGGGGCGCAUACCUCGCAAACUACAUCAGCUUGACCGUCAACAAUGAGGCCGUUGGUGGUCGUUCGGCUCGCAGCUUCACGCGUGAGGGGCGCUUCGAUACCAUAGCCGGUCAGAUCAAGUCGGGAGACUACGUCGUCAUCGAGUUCGGCCACAACGAUGGCGGCAGUCUCACGCCCACCGACAACGGGCGCACAGACUGUAACCCCUCCGGCACGGACUACUCCGUGACCUGCACUACAGUCUACAACGGUGUCACCGAGACCGUGCUCACGUACGAGGCAUACCUCGCGAACGCAGCCAAGACCUUCAAGGCGAAGGGCGCGAACGUGAUCAUCUCGAGCGCUACCCCGAACAACCCCUGGGAGAGCGGAACUUUCAGCUACGCCUCCCCUCGCUUCGUCGGGUACGCGCGUGACGCUGCCACCGCGACCGGCGCGACCUUCGUCGACCACGGUCUCUACACCGCCGCGCUAUACCAGAAGGCUGGCGCGACUACCGUUGACAGCUACUACCCCAACGACCACACGCAUACCAGCCCCGCCGGUGCAAACGUUGUGGCGAGGGCGUUCGUGCUCGCGCUCGAGGCUACCGACUCGACUCUCGCGAACUACAUUACGCACGAUUGA